UUUAGAGAUCACACUUCGCAGUUCGCACUUCUCAGUCCGCUUUAUCAAAGGCUGGAUGGCGUCGCUACGCUAUUUUAAUCACGAUGUUGUAAAUUAAAUAUGGACUAAGUGUAUUAUAGUUUAGAUAUGGUAAUAUGUAAGUUAUAUUAUAUGUGAGAAGUGAUAAUUGUGGGAGAAAUGGAAGCUAAAACAACUGAAUGGCGACCGGGGCCAACUGUGUGCAGAUGUUGCCUCGCUGAAGGAUGUUAUAAGGACAUUUCGACGGAAUAUUUUUGGAUGGGAAAGCGAGAAGUUUAUGCGGAAAUGCUAUUGGAAACUUUCGAUUUGAAUAUUUCGUACUCACAAUCUGGUGGGCCGAACAGCAACAGUCGUCUGAUCUGCGAGCCUUGCAUCUCUAGAUUAAGGGAUGCAGCCGACUUCAAGCGUCAAGUCACUGAGUGCGAGCGGAGCUUCACACAGUACUUGGACCCAGUGGCUACGGAUGUUGACGUGGACUUGGGACUGGAGAAGGAAGUGAAGAUCGAGCGUGUCAAGGAUGAGAAGUCGAUGAGUGAUGAUGAGUUCGUUGCACCGGAGUUUGUCGAUGAUGAUGAUGAUGAUGAUGAUCUUGAUGACCAACCCUUAACGAAAUUAGCCAGCAAAAUACCCAAAAAGGAGUCUGUGGAUGUACUAGAUCUGUUGGACAAUGCCAAAGUCACUGAAAAGAGGAAAUCUUCUAGCAAAACGAAAUCAUCACCAGCCAAAAAGUCUAAACUGAAAAAGGAGGUCGCUAGUUCUAGCAAAGUGAAACCGGAACCGAGAAAAAAGAAAGAGGAAUGGUCGGAUCCCGCGAGAGGCAACGCCGGUACCAUAAUAAAAUGUACAACCGCUUACCCCUUCAGAGUGAAUGAUAAGUGCAUUGUGUGCGUUUACUGCCAGGAACUGUACGAUGAUCCGGAACUGUUCAGGCGGCAUAUGGAUGAUGAGCAUCCGACGUUCAACGUCAAAGUAGCCUUCCAUAACAUACCGAAAUUAGAGUUCAUUAAGGCUGACCUCACGGAGUUGAGAUGUAGGCUGUGCGAUGAUCGCUUCGACAGCUUAGAAGUCAUAGCGGAACAUCUGAAAAGUAAUCACAAUGAGGCUAUAGAUCUGAACGCCAGACUGGGCGUGAUGCCAUACGUUCUGAGAAAGGAUUUCUUUAACUGCGUCGUCUGCGGCAAGAACUGCCCUUCGUUGUUCCAUCUAAACAGGCAUACGAUAACCCAUUUCCUGAGUUAUGUCUGUCAUUUUUGUGGUAAAAGCUAUGUUGCGACAACAGGCCUGCUUCGUCACGUGCGCUCGAAGCAUCAGGAGUAUAAGGUGUCGUGCAGGCGAUGCGGCAAGGUCUUUCCUAAUAUGGAGGCCAAGGAGAGGCAUAGGAGAACGGAGAAGUCUUGCAUGGCGUACUGCUGUUCCAAAUGCCCGGAGAGGUUCCACGAUUGGAAGCUUCGUAAGCGCCACAUGGAGACCGAGCACGCAAAUAACGACCCCGAAAGGCGGAACGCUGAGUUAAUAAUAAAAUAUACAACAUCACUUCCGUUUCGAAUCAACAUCAACACUAUACUGUGCGUGUACUGCGGCGAAACCUUUGAGGAUCCUAAUUUGUUCAGGUCCCACAUGGAGCAAGAGCACACUAGUUUCCAUUUGGAUUUAACGUUUAGGCAUUUGACGAAAGCGGAAUUCGUCAAGGUAGACAUAUCGACCGUACACUGUAGGAUAUGCGCGAGAGCUUUCGAGAGUUUGGAACUUGUUGCUGCCCAUCUCAAGCUGGACCACAGGAUAGCGUUGCACAUGGAAUCGAAGAUUGGUGUUAUACCUUUCGAGCUGAAGGGUGACAAGGAAUGGAUUUGUUGCGUUUGCUCCAAGAAUGUACCUUCGCUAUUGCUGCUAAGCAAACACACGGUGUCGCACUUUCAGAAUUUUGUAUGUGAUCUUUGCGGGAAGAGCUACAUUUCUGCCACCGGUCUAUUAAAACACGUGAAAUCCAAGCAUCAUGACGAAUAUAAGGUACAUUGUAGACGAUGUCGAACCACAUUCUCAUCGCUGAAGGAAAAGAUCUGUCACCAGAGGACUGUUAAGCAUUGCAUGCCGCAUGUCUGCAUGGAAUGUCCAGAAAGAUUUCCCACUUGGGAGACGAAACAGCGCCACUUGGUCCAAGUUCACGGUAGAAGCAAGAAGUCCUACGCCUGCAGCCACUGCGACGUCAAAUACUCUGAUCGUCGAUCGUUCUACGAUCACUAUAAAAAAUAUCACACUAAAGAUUGCCUUAUCUGUAUACACUGUGGGUUGAAAUUCUCUUGCACCUCUAGGCUCAACCGUCACAUGGGCAAACAUACAUCGUAAUACAAGAGUUACAUUCUGUCUAAUGUACGUCACACACAUAUAUAUAUAUUUUGUUUUAUUCCUAUGGAAUUGAAAGUAUUGUAUUCUGUUAUAUUUGAAUAAAUACAUAAAAGUUU